AUGUCUGUAGGCGAAGACAAGUCUGGUACGGCAACACCUCAACAUAAUACAUCAAUACGAAUAACUGAUGACGAAGAACGUAGUGACGAAAAGAAAUUUACUGACGAUGAUAUUAUAACGGGGUGCAAGCUAUACGUUUCAAAGGAUGGCGAAUACAGAUUAGCAGAGAUUUUGCAGGAUCAUAUGAAAAAGGGUAAAAAAGUGUUUUAUGUUCAUUAUCAAGAAUUUAAUAAAAGAUUGGAUGAAUGGAUAAGUGCAGACAGGAUAGAUUUUACCAGAGCUUUAAUCUCACCUCAAGUGAAGGUGGAUAAGAAGGAUGACAAAAAGGAAGGAAAGCUGAAAACAUCGAAGAAAUCUAAGCUGAAAAACGGUAAAACAGGUUCGAAAUCAGUUACUUCGACACCACAACCGAAUGAAGAUACGGCACCGGGAACGCCCAGAAAUGAUGACGAGAUGGAUUUGGAUAAUUUGAAUGUGCAAGGGUUGAAAAGACCUGGCGAGGAGGUGAGUCGUGAAGAUGAAAUUAAAAAAUUAAGAACUAGUGGGUCUAUGACUCAAAACCAUCUGGAGGUUGCAAGAGUUAGAAACUUAUCGAGCGUAAUUUUGGGUGAACAUAUCAUUGAGCCGUGGUAUUUUUCUCCAUAUCCAAUCGAACUAACAGAAGAAGAUGAGAUAUACAUUUGUGACUUCACGCUAGCAUAUUUUGGUUCACUUAAACAAUUUGAAAGAUUCAGAACGAAGUGUUCUAUGAAGCAUCCCCCUGGUAAUGAGAUUUAUAGAGAUUCAAAGGUAAGCUUUUGGGAAAUUGAUGGCAGAAAACAAAGGACAUGGUGUCGUAACUUAUGUCUACUACUGAAGUUAUUUUUGGAUCAUAAAACAUUAUACUACGAUGUCGAUCCAUUUUUAUUUUAUAUCAUGACAGUUAAAUCAUCGCAAGGCCAUCAUGUAGUCGGAUACUUUUCUAAAGAAAAGGAAAGUGCUGAUGGUUAUAACGUUGCAUGUAUUUUGACAUUGCCGUGCUAUCAAAAGAUGGGAUUUGGUAAAUUGUUAAUUCAAUUUUCUUACAUGUUGUCUAAUGUUGAGAAUAAGGUAGGAUCCCCAGAAAAGCCUUUAUCAGAUUUAGGGUUAUUAUCUUACAGAGCAUUUUGGACCGAUACGCUAGUAAAGUUAUUAGUGGAAAGAAAUAACCCCCAUCUUUUUAAGAAGAAUAAUCCUCAAUUAUUAACCGAAGCGAGUCUGAAGGAUUCAUCUGUCAGUCCUCCUCCAGGUGGUCGUCAAUCUGCUAAUAUUCAAAAUGGAAACACACCAUCAAGUGAUAUAACGAUUGAUGAAAUAUCAUCUAUCACUUGUAUGACAACCACUGAUAUAUUGCAUACCUUAACAGCAUUACAGAUCUUAAGAUAUUACAAGGGACAGCACAUUAUAGUGAUAACGGAUCACGUUAUGGCUAUGUAUGAUAAAUUGGUCAAGAAAAUUAAAGAUAAGAAAAAGCAUGAGUUAGAUCCAAGCAAAUUAAGCUGGACUCCUCCAGCUUUCACUGCCAACCAAUUACGCUUUGGAUGGUAG